GGUGCUCUGCUCUUCUCUUGCCGGUGGGGACAGGAGGACUGACCCCUUCCCCUCACUCAGUCGUCUUGUAGUGUUAGAAGCAGCUCUGUGAAGCGCAGUGAGAAGAGAGCGCCAUGAAGUGGGGCUGGGUGAUCGUGGGGGUCCUCCUAACUCUAGGAGCCCUCAGUUGGGCUGAAACUGGUUUGGAAAUCCCAGAGUACGAUGGUAAAGACCGCGUCCAUGAACUCACCCCCAAGAACUACAAAUCUAUCAUGAAGAAGUAUGACGUGAUGGUGAUCUACUACCACAAGCACGUGCAGGGCAACCGCGCCGCCAUGAAGCAGUUCCAGAUCGAAGAGCUGGCUCUGGAGUUGAUCACGAGCCAGGCUGCGCAUAUCUUUCAGCUCGCAGCUCAGGUCCUGGACGACAUGGAGGACCAGGACAUUGGAUUUGCUCUUGUUGAUGAAAAGAAAGGAGCUGCUGUUGCCAAGAAGCUUGGUCUGGACGAGGUGGAAAGCAUCUAUGUGUUUGCUGAUAAUGAGAUCAUCGAGUACGACGGCGAGCUGGCGGCCGACACGCUGGUGGAGUUCCUUUAUGAUGUCAUCGAGGACCCGGUCGAGAUCAUUGAUAACGAACGUGAACUGAAGGGUUUUUACAACAUGGACGAGGUCAUCAGGCUCGUUGGUUAUUUCAAGAGUGAAAAAUCUCCCCACUUCAUCGAGUACGACGACGCAGCGGAGGAGUUUCAUCCUUUUGUCAAAUUCUUUGCCACAUUUGACGCCAAGAUUGCCAAAAAACUGAAGCUGAAGUUGAAUGAAGUGGACUUUUAUGAGCCUUUCAUGGAGGAGCCUGUCACCAUCCCAGGAAAGCCCUACAUCGAAGACGAGCUGGUGGAAUACAUUGAGCAGCAUGACAGGCCGACCUUGAGGAAGCUUGAACCUCACAGCAUGUACGAGAUCUGGGAGGAUGAUAUUGAUGGAGAGCACAUUGUGGCUUUUGCUGAAGAAGAUGACCCAGAUGGCUUUGAGUUCCUGGAAAUCUUGAAGGAAGUUGCUCGUGAGAACACAGAUAAUCCAAACCUCAGCAUCAUCUGGAUUGACCCAGACUCGUUCCCUCUGCUGGUUCCAUAUUGGGAGAAGACUUUUGGGAUUGACUUGGCGUCUCCUCAGAUCGGCGUUGUUGAUGUUGAAGAUGCCGACAGUGUGUGGAUGGAAAUGGACGAUGACGAUGAAAUGCCCACCGCCGACGAACUGGAGCAGUGGAUCGAGGACGUUCUUUCAGGCAAGAUUGACCCAGAUGACGAUGACGACGACGACGAUGAUGACGAUGAUGACGACGACGAUGAUGAUGACGACGAUGAUGACGACGACGAUGAUGACGACGACGACGAUGAUGACGACGAUGAUGACGAUGAUGAUGACGAUGAUGACGAUGAUGAUGACGACGACGAUGAUGACGACGACGAUGAUGACGACGACGAUGAUGACGACGAUGAUGAUGACGACGACGAUGAUGACGACGAUGAUGAUGACGACGAUGAUGACGACGAUGAUGAUGAUGACGAUGAAUAAGUUGUAUUUAUAAAUAAUUUAAUGUGAUAGUUUGAAAAUGAACCGUGUAUCUGUUACCGCGGUGACGCUAGGCUCACUUCCUUUAAUCACACAAUCACACGUUUAGUUUGUACCGUUUUACUCUUUCCUUUUACAAGAACUGAGCGAAUAUGAAAAUCUCAAACUAUCACUUUAAAUACUGUAGCAAACCAUUUGUAGUUUGCUUUUGUGUGGUUUCCUGUGAAACCAGAAGCGUCGCUAUGGCAUGAUUCAGUGAUCCUGCCGUUUUUUUAAGACCCUCUGAAGAGGCUGUAAAACAGGUGUGACUUAUUAUGUCCUGAAGAUAAUCACACUAAUUUAACUAACAGUUUGAUACACACCCUUUCUACCACCUGAUCCUUGAUAUUUCUGUUUAAAUAUCAUGUUUUUUACUUGAAAAAGAGAAGAAAAAUAGAACCUUCUGCUGUGUAUACCCAAACCCACUGGACAGUCUUAAAUCCUGAAGAAGAAGCACAUUUAAGAUCAAACAUACAUUAUACGUUAUAAAGAAUUAUAACUCACGACAGAAUAAAACGAGGGAUCAUCAGCACCAUCACACAUGUUCACCUUUGUCUUUGGCAGCACAUGUAAUAGUUUAUGUCAUCCUGGGCUCGGGACUAAACAGGAGCCAUCAGACGUUUUAUAAACUCACAAACCAAACUCAGAUCAUUCAUGGGCAGAGAAUACGGCCUUUAAUAUAGAGCAAAAUGCAGUAUUUAAUGCAAAUGUGAUUCUUCUCUCAAUAAAAACAAUGGUAAAAAUGG